UCAGCAAGAUGGCAGCUAUCACUACCAGUCUAGUUGUGAUUUCUGUGCUAGCUCUUUUUGCAGGUUGCUGCAAUGGAGCCACGUUGUUCUUCAAAAGUGCUGAACCACCAACAUGGGGUGAUGCCUAUCAAGUUUCUGCCACCCUUCAUUUACCAUAUGCUGAAAUCGAGGAACCCAUCUAUGCCUUUUAUGAUGCCAAGGCAAAAAUGAGUCGAAUUGACUAUUACAAUGCUGUAGUCUCCACUAUCCAGCGAGCUGAUCAAGGCAACUUUGGAAAGAGCUACAAGGUGGCACCAAUGUCCGACUACACCGCUUUCAAUAAGAAGACAUGCUUCCUUGUGAAUGGCACGAAAAAUGCCACAGUCACCAUUCAGGCACCUCUUCCUGAUCUUAAAGGCUACAUGUUUGUCCGAUCUGAGAGCCUAAAUGACAUAGUCUGUGAUGUGUGGCAAAAUAUCACAGUUAGUUUUGGUCGGAAAAGCGUAUACACCAUGUGGGUGGACAAGAAAACUCAGUCUCCAGUGAGGUACAUCAUGAUGGGUUACGACUCACUUUUAGGAUCCCACUACGACAAAUAUGUGAUUGAUUAUAAAAACUUCAACAAUAAGGACAAGAUAUCCCCAACCACGUUUGCGCCUCCUAAGGGUAUGACGUGUGGUGGAUUCCCAGGUCCGGGAGCUGCUGAGCACCGCAUCCUCCAAAACCCAAUUAGCGAGUACGUCAACAAUAACAAUGAGCAUAUUGAGGAGAUGUUUGACGGCUUCAAGAGGAUGCACAAACCACAAUACAAAAAUGAGACUGAACACAAUCAUAGGAAGGACAUAUUCACACAAAACAUUCGGUUCAUUCAUUCAAAGAACCGAGCUGGUCUUACGUAUACACUGAAGGCCAACCACCUUGCAGACCGCACCUCUGAUGAGCUGAAAUACAUGAGGGGACGACUCCACUCAACAGGUUACAAUGGUGGAUUGCCAUUUAACAUGGAGGACUAUAAAACCAACGACCUUCCAGACAGCCUUGAUUGGAGGCUCUUUGGAGCUGUCACACCAGUUAAGGAUCAGGCGGUGUGCGGUUCAUGCUGGAGUUUUGGUACCACUGGGCAUAUUGAAGGAGCCUUGUUUAUGAAGACAGGAAAACUGGUGCGGUUAUCACAGCAGCAUUUGAUGGAUUGUUCCUGGGGUGAAGGCAACAAUGCUUGUGAUGGCGGUGAGGACUUCCGGGCCUAUCAAUACAUCAUGAAGAACAAGGGUCUGAGCAGUGAGGAAGCUUACGGACCAUACCUUGGACAGGAUGGCUUGUGUCAUUCAAGAAAUGUCAGCACAACAGUUAAUCUGAGAGGAUAUGUCAAUGUGACUUCUGGUGAUCUAACUGCCCUAAAAGUUGCCGUUGCUAACCAGGGGCCAAUAUCUGUUGGUAUUGAUGCCUCCCACACAUCACUAGCAUUUUAUUCAAAUGGGGUGUAUUAUGAGCCAGAUUGCCGCAAUGGUGUUGAUGACCUGGAUCAUGCCGUCUUGGCCGUUGGUUAUGGUGUCCUACAUGGACAAGCAUACUGGUUGGUGAAGAAUUCCUGGUCGACCUACUGGGGGAACGACGGAUACGUCCUGAUGAGUCAAAAGAACAACAAUUGUGGUGUGGCAACUCAACCUACUUUUGUGGUGUUGUAGAAUCGUGCAAUAAAACUUAAACUUCCUCAUUGAAUUCUUUAACAGACCAGAUAACCUGGUACUGUUUAGGGUGUGAAAAUUAUCAACAGUGUUUGAAAUUUCAUCAAGGAUUUUUGCAGCUGAUUUGGUUCAUUUUAUGUUCUAAAACUAAAAUCAUGUGGGCCAUUGUUACCCAAAACAAGCCUAUGAUAUGAUGAUUAUUUGUAAUUUUUUGUUUCAAGAUGAUUGGUUAUAUGAUGAUUAGAAAUGCUGAUCUCAGUGCAAAGUUGACUUCUCCACAAUUCCAAACAGAUUGCAUAAUUUAUGUUACACAGUGAUAUAUUCAUAUUUGAUUUGAGCUUUAUGAGAUGAAUGCUUUCAGUAUUGCAGAAGAACACUUUUAAUGUGACCACUGAUGCAUACGUGUAUAAGUAUUCUUACAUGUAACUUGCUCUGCUGACACUAUUCAUGGAAUACGUCACCAUGGCUGGCUUUGUAGUGCAUCGAAUCAUUUUGAUAACAGUUGUCAGUCAGAAAUCGACAUUGACAUGGUUAAUAUGUGCUAUGACUUAAAAAGUGUAUUUUGUAAUUGUACAUACCAUGUUCAAUUGAUAUAAACAAUCGUAUAUAAAUUUUUGUACAAUCCUGAAUUUAAUAGAAAUUUGUACAAGGAAUAAUUUUGAUACGAAAUAAAUGACUAUUAUUUGAUUA